GCGCUACUUCAGCCGCGACCUGGGGUUACUAAGAGAAUCGAAGCCAAUUGACAAAAAGAGCUCACUCUUAGUACUAAACCCAUUCAUAGAUACGAAGGGUCUACUUCGUGCAAAUGGGCGGCUUGUCAAUUCAAGCCUAACUUAUAACGAACGCCAUCCCAUUGUUAUACCAGAGAGAUCGCAAUUUGCCACAUUAUAUCUCAAUUAUGUCCACGUACUAUUACUACAUGCAGAACACCGCCUCAUGCAACAAAUAGUCCGCCAAGAGUUUUAUAUCCCAAGACUCAAGCCACAGAUAAAGAAAUGCAUUUUUUCGUGCAAGAUCUGCACUAUGCAUAAACAAAAGAUGCGAACACAGAUUAUGGCAGCACUUCCACCGGAACGCUGCAACUUUGCUCUGCCCUUCACUAUCACAGGUGUUGAUUUUGCUGGGCCUUUUCAAAUAAAGGCGUCCAUGCUAAGGUCUCCCACAAUGAUGAAAGGCUACGUGGCUGUCUUUGUCUGUUUUACGACAAAAGCAGUACACCUCGAGCUAUGUAGUAAUCUGACAAAAGAGGCUUUCCUGGCGGCAUUUGCUCGCUUCGUCGGACGACGUGGUUUUCCGUCAAAGCUCAUGAGCGACAACGGCAAGACAUUUAUAGGAGCUCAAAGAGCCACUGAAAAACAGUUCGUGGACUUUAUCAAACAAGUAUCACCUGAGAUUGUACAAAAGUACGCUCCCCAAGGCAUUAACUGGCAGUUCAUCCCUCCAAGCGCUCCUCAUAUGGGUGGUUUAUGGGAAUCAGCGGUAAAAAGCUUUAAAUCCCACUUUAAAAAAGUAGCUGGAAACUACAAAUUUAACUUUGAAGAAUUCACAACAUUAUUAAUUCGUAUUGAAGCCGUUCUCAAUUCACGGCCAUUGACGACACUCUCGCAAGAUCCCUCAGAUCUAACAGCUCUUACACCAGGGCACUUUCUCAAAGGAGCACCCAUUCUGGCCAUACCUGAGCCGGGCGUGGAGUCGCUUUCCUUACUAAAUAGAUGGGAAAGAAUUAAAAUUCUCCAUCAUGAUUUCAGCCGCCGAUGGAAGGAGGAGUAUAUAAAGGACCUUCACAAAAGGUACCGCUGGAAAACUCCCGAAAAGGCGCCAAAGCUUGGAGACUUUGUUCUAAUACACGAUGAUUGUCUUCCCCCUACAGAAUGGCGGCUUGGUCGCAUAGAGAAGCUUCAUCACGGCUCCGACGGUCAUAUCCGAGUAGUUGAUCUCCGUACUCAAAACGGAACUCUAACGAGACCGCUCGUUAAACUAUGCUUCUUACCAACCGCAGAUAAUAACGAAAACGCACAUAAUAAACAAUCCGUACAAUAAUACCGACACGCAGAAAUUGAAAAAUCCGUCUAAUAACUAAAACCAAAAUCAAUCGCACAUAUGAUAAGUCAUAAAGAUGCUACAAAACAAUGGGUAGAUUACUAAAUUCUGACAAACCAAAUAAAGUUGGUUACAAAUCACACAAUUGCAUAAUAUAUAGAAAUGAGUUGCAACUAACCACAACUUUUUCUCCAUACAGGCAAGCAUGGAUGCAGAAAGCCUGGCAACUCCAACGCCAACAUUGCGAUCGGCCAUCAGUGCGCCACGUCCUGGGGGUGCCCCAACACCGGCGCCUCGGACCACCACUGCGACAACACCGUCACUUCCCGCUCGUAGUAUCGUACGAGCACCACCAACAACACCGUCAUCACCAGCGGAGCCCCUUCGUUCACGAUGCCCCCUUUGUCGCCGCCCCCACCGACUGCAAUACUGUGGGCUCUUCAAGGGGUUGUCACCAAUUCAACGCCAGCAAAUAGUACAGGCGCAUGGGCAUUGCCACAAUUGUCUGGUACCCACGCACGCAACUCACGACUGUGACUCAGGGGCUUUGUGCCACAUCUGUGGCAGGCAGCAUCACACGCUGCUCCACCGCACCCCGAAACGUGAGGUUGGUCGGUCACCUGCAUCGCAUAGCCGCGGCACAACCAGACCGCAGCAAACCAGUCGUGUGGCACGUCGGCGAAGACCGGCACCUCCUCAGGAGUC